AUGUCAACCGAAAUGCAAGGUGGAAUUAGAAUUAGUAUAGAUAGAGGGGGAACCUUCACAGAUUGUAUUGGAAGCAUUCCCGUUCCAGUAUCAGAAGAAUAUCCAACAGGACGAAAAGAAAUUGUUAUCAAAUUAUUAAGUGUUGAUCCACAAAAUUAUCCCGAUGCUCCUAGAGAAGGUAUUAGAAGAAUUUUGGAAAUCGCUUCUGGAAAACCUUUUUCCAGAAAUGAACCUGUGGAUACUUCUCUUAUAGAAUCUAUUCGCAUGGGAACAACUGUUGCUACAAAUGCUCUUUUGGAAAGAAAGGGAGAAAAAUGUGCACUUUUAAUUACUAAAGGAUUUAAGGAUCUUUUACUAAUUGGCAAUCAAUCUCGUCCGAAAAUUUUUGAUCUUGCUAUUCAUAAACCUGAUGUUUUGUAUCAACGUGUUAUUGAAAUUGAUGAAAGAAUUUCUUUAAUUGGUGACGGAUUGAAUCUUCCAUCCGAGUUAACUAAUAAUAUUUCAAAAGAUAUAUUUCAAGGGAUAUCUGGAGAAUAUGUAAAAAUACUUAAAAAACCAGAUUUAAAUAAAGUUAAAGAAGAUUUACAAUCUUUAUAUAAUGAUGGAUUUAGAAGUAUUGCAAUUUGUUUAAUUCAUUCAUAUACUUAUCCAGAACAUGAACAACUUUUAGAAAAAGUUGCUUUAUCUAUAGGAUUUACACAUGUUUCAUUAUCAUCUUCUAUAAUGCCAAUGAUUAAAAUGGUUCCUCGUGGAACUUCUUCUACAGCUGAUGCAUACUUAACACCAUGUAUUCAUAAAUAUAUUAAUGGUUUUAUUUCUGGUUUUGAUGAAAAUUUAAAAAAUAAAGUUAAAUUAGAAUUUAUGCAAAGUGAUGGUGGUCUUGUACCAGUUAAUAAAUUUUCUGGUUUUAAAGCUAUAUUAUCAGGUCCUGCUGCUGGUGUUGUUGGUUAUGCUUUAACUUCAUAUAAUAAAAAAGAAAAUAUACCAGUUAUUGGAUUUGAUAUGGGAGGAACAAGUACAGAUGUAUCAAGAUAUAAUGGUCAUUAUGAACAUGUAUUCGAAACAACAACAGCUGGUGUAACAAUUCAAGCUCCUCAAUUGAAUAUUAAUACAGUUGCUGCUGGUGGUGGAUCAUGCUUAUUUUUUCGUAAUGGAAUGUUUAUUGUUGGUCCAGAAAGUGCUGGUGCACAUCCUGGACCUACAUGUUAUAGAAAAAAUGGACCUUUAACUGUUACAGAUGCAAAUCUUAUUCUUGGUCGACUUAUUCCAGAUUAUUUUCCAAAGAUCUUUGGAAUAAAUGAAGAUCAACCAUUAGAUUUAGAAGUUACAACUCAAAAAUUUCAAGAAUUAGCAAAAGAAAUCAAUAUAUUUAUGCAUAAUAAUAAUAAUAAGCAAAUGAGUAUAGAUGAAAUAGCAUAUGGGUAA